AAGUUCAGAUACCGAUUUCAAGUUCAUCUCAUAAAAACUCAUCUAUCUCCGAUCCUCCUCCAUUUUCUCAAUUCAAAACUGAAAACCCAAUUACCCAAAACCUGGAGAUUCAUCCUCCACUCUCCUCUGGAUCUGAAAUUCCACAUGCAUGUGCCACCAAGCUCGGUUGAGACUUGCCGUGAUAAGGGGAGCUUGAAACUCCAAAACGACGUCGAUGGAGGUCGUUUUGGAGGAGAAGGACGCUGCCGAAUGGGUUUACAGAGGCGAAGGCGCUGCUAAUCUUGUUAUGGCUUACAGCGGAUCCUCCCCAGAUUUCAUUGGGAAAGUAAUGCGAAUACAGAAGAAGGCCAAAAGGAAUGGGUUGGAACGCCCGGGCAGUCCCCCAGCACUAACCAUGCAUGAAAGGCUGCUGUGGAAGGACUUGGAGGACAUGGUAACUUGUUCUAACAAAGAGCUUGCCAGCCAGCUGUAUGUGAAGCAUGUCAUGAGUCCUUUAUUGGGUUCCCACUUUGUCGAUGCUGGGAUGCGUGUCCAAGCUUCCCGGGAUUUUUUGGAGACAGUGGAGAAGAAUGUAAAUUGUCAGCGCCCGGCAUCUCGAGUUGAUGCUGCUAAAGUUGAUACAGAAUGUGAUUAUGUGCUUGUCAUGUCUGAUCAUUCUCUUUUUCCUGAUGGUGUUCAAGAAGGCGAAACCUGUAUAUCUGUAGAGAUAAAGCCAAAAUGUGGAUUUCUCCCUUCUUCAGAGUAUAUAGAUGAAGGAAAUGCCAUCAAACGGAGGAUCACUCGUUUUAGGAUGCACCAGGCCCUGAAGUUGCAUGAUGGAGAGGUAUCACAGUAUAGUAACUAUGAUCCACUUGAUCUCUUCUCCGGAUCGAAGGACAGAAUACAUAAAGCUAUCAAGGAUCUCUUUGCUACCCCACAGAAUAAUUUCCGAGUAUUCGUGAAUGGCUCUCUAAUAUUUGGGGGACUAGGUGGUGGUGCUGAAAGUACCAAUUUGGUGAUUGGGGAUAAAUUUGAAACAGCACUCAAGGAUGUCAUUCAAGGAGGUGAUGGCUCCCGCACAGUGAACUUUCUACAGCUUGUUGCUGAGACAGUUUAUAGAUCUGGAGUAAUGGAUCAACUCCUGGAAAUCCAGAAACUUGAUUAUCUUGACAUAGAUGGAGCUAUACACGCAUAUUAUGACAUUAUUUCUGAGCCUUGCAUGGUAUGUACAGAGUUGGGUAAAGACAAAGCGUCAAACAGAUAUUCUUCAUUGCAUUCCCUCCCUUUGGAUGAAAGCUUAAAGAUUGUGAAGCAGUUUUUGAUAUCUGCCUCCGCAAAGGACUGCAGUUUGAUGUUUAGUUUUAGACCAAGGAAAGAUGGGAGUACUGGAUCUCCGUAUAAUAAUGUGUACCUGGAAUCAACCAACCAAUUUUAUGACUACAAGGUGUAUUUCAUUGACCUGGAUUUGAAAUCUUUGAAGAAAUUGGAAGAAUAUUAUGAGUUGGACAAAAAGAUUGUUAGAUGCUACAAUGAAAUGGUGGAAACUAAGGAAAACCUAGAUAAAACAACAAGUGCUGAGGCUCAUCAAAUUGCGGACUGAGAUUAGUUACGACGCGAUGGAGGAUAUGCUGUACUUUAAAAAUUCCGAGUAAGUUCAAGUUAUCCUGUAGAUUAUUGCUGUCACUACUUGUAACAUGGUGUAAAAAAAAAAAAAUGUCAUGCUGUCAUGCUUUGUGUAACAAAAGUUGUAAUGCUAUGUUCAGAUGUAAACUUCGUGCCUUUUGGCCAUCAUUUCUGUAUUCCUCUUGUUUCUCGAAAGUUAGUAAUAUAAUUUCUCUUGUUUCUGUAUCUCAUUCU